AUGUCUAGGGCUUCAAAGAUCACGCUAGCGGCUACCUCGUUGACAUGCGCUGCCACCGUCGUGUGGGUCCACUAUGUCCAAGAAGCAGAAAGAGCGGCCUUACAUGAAGGUCCAAAAAAGGAUGCCAAAAGAAUGCAAGAGAAGAUCGCAGCUAAUGAAAAGAAGAAGAUGAUCAAUGAUCAAGAACAUAAAUUACAGCUAGAAUUGCGCAAAAAGUACGAGGCGAUCCAGCCGUUGAGUGGGGUGAAGGUUGUCGGAGAAGACACCAACAAGACCCAAGAAUAG